AUGUCAAAAGAAACUUGCUGCUCGAAGCUCGGCUGCGAUUACGUGAUAGCUUUGCGAAAAAGUAAUUUGGUAGUUCUUAAUUUGAUACCAAAAUAUAAUAAAUAAAAAUGUUCUUAAGACCUCGAUUGGCCAACAUUGCACGCAGCUAUUGCAACAAAGCUAGCGCACCAGCAACUGGCAUUAAUGCCAACGUCGAGGGACUUAGCAGCCGCUGCGUGAAACCUGCAACCGAACCAGUGGGCCCAGGUGCAUCCGCAAAUGGGGAAUACAAAGUACCCGAGUACUUUUGUUUCAGCCGUGUUAGCUAUUUCGAAGCUGAAGUAGAAAUGGCCAAAUACAGAUGUCCCCAGCCCAAGGCAAAUAGAAAACAGUAAAGGAAAAAACGGAAUUAUAUUUUCAUGUAAAUGAAUGAUUUUAUUUGUGAAAUACAAAGGUUAAGAGAAACAAA